CCCAGCGCUUCCUCUUUCCGUGCUGGUGCCCGCCAGAGGAGAGCGAUAGAAAAUGGCGAGUCUUUGCGAAACGCAGCAAUGCACAAUCGACAGGCGCGGCUUUCGGCAGGAACUUGAUUCGUGGCGACACAAACUCAUUCAUUGUGUAGGUUUUGAAAACAUUCUUGAUGGUCUGAUUGGGCCAGAACUGGUAGAAGACCUAAAACUAUUUAAGGACUUUAAUCAUGUGACAUCAGAUUGGUCAUUCCAUGAAAACUGCUUGUUCUGCUGUUUGAGGAGAAAUAAAGUCAAAGAACACUUACUUGGCGUAAAUAAGAGCAGACUUAAAGGCAACCCGAAGCCACUCCUCGUUAAAGAUCAGAUCGCAAUCAGCAAACUCGAGAAACAAACAGAAGACUUUCUCAAUGCAGUUUUCCGCAAAAAAGACAUACCAAGUUUCUCAGACCCUCGCAUUCCAAUAGUGGCUGCAGAGAUUCUCCAGAUAAUGAUCAGUCAAUUUGCUGGAGAAUACACCUCAAAAACAAGCUUCCCCCAGAACAGUCACACAGACUCCAUGCCCCACCCUGACCAAAGCCCGCCUGGCCAGCCCUUACACUCAGGGGCCCCGCCUCCCACCAGCCCUGCUGCUUUAGCCGCUGAGACGGCGCUCAACCAGAACCCUGUCCUAACCAAGCUCCUCAUGGCUGACCAGGACGCUCCUCUCGACCUCACCGUCAAGAAACCCCCAGCAGAGUCCAGUGAACAAGAUGGAGUGCUUGACCUGUCGAUAAAAAAGAAACACUAUAGCAGCAACCGGCCUGUCCACAGUCCUCUUCUGUCACCAGCUCUAUCUAUGCUAAAAAGUGAGUCUCAAGACUUUCAAGUGACGAAAGAUCUACAGUCUACCUCCACUCUGAGAAAGUUCAUGGCCAAACUCUGUCUGCACCAUCAACGGCAGAUAGUGGACGCCAUUGGUUUUCUUCAGAUGGAAGUCAAAGCCCAUUCGUCCACCAAUGCACAGAAAGACUCUAACAAAACCUCAGGCUCCAAUGGAACUGCUUCUUCCACUGUUAUGCCUGAAAAGUCAUCCCCUGAGGUAAAGUUACCCAAUGAAUCUACUCCCAAAGCAGAAGUCCAUUCUUUACCAAGUAGCUAUGCAACAAACAAGAUUCCAGAGAAAGCCUUGUCCCUUAAAACAUCACUAACUGCCAGCCCUGUAUCGGGGAGUAACCAACCUCUGGGGACUCCCAUUACAAAUUCAGCAGAUGGAGAGCAAAGCAGCCCCAGUGAUCAUGCACCUCUUAAAAUGAAAAUAAUGACCAAAAAUGCUGCAGGCAAGAAAGUCUCGUGUGUUCUCAAUGCCAGCAUGUCUUCUCAAUCCGAUGCCAUGGAAGAGAACAAGUGCAGCUUGAAUUCAUCCAGUAGAGCAGAGACUCAAAGUGCCAGACUCAGUUCCUCUGUGAGAAGACACAAUCAGACGAGUUUAACACAUCAAGUUAAGCACAGAGAGGAUCUCGGACAUGCCAAAAAAACGCAAGCGAACUUAAUUUCAGUUCACAUGACCAUUCCCUCAGAUUCUGCUAGGACUGCCAGGAAGACUAUCAGGACAUCAGCCGAACAUCAGUCCAGAGACUGCACAGCAGUGGUUGACCCAGAUUUGGGCCACUGUGAUAUUGUUUUUAUUGACAAGCCAAUUACAGAGUGUUUUAAGGAAAAGCGACGUGGCCUUGUCCCUCGUCGGAAUGCCAGAAAAAGCACCAGAGGACACAUGUAUUCAGAUGAGAUCUGGGAGUUAAAAACGGUUCGGACAUUGGCCGGCAGGGGAAACUGUCCUAAUCCAAUGCCAGAGUUGAUCACUUUAGUCACUCCAAAACAAAUCCUGUCUAAACCUGAAGGUGUACCCCAUGUAAAUAUGCUUUUUGGGGGAACAUGUAGGGAAACGCUGGAUCAACAAACGCCCUCUGCAGAGUCCAAUGAGAGCAUACUACCAGAACCAGGAGAUGGUGUGGUGGCCACAGCUAGUAAAGUAGACAACGUAGUAGUUGAACCUAGUCAGACAGAUCAGUGUCAAACCAAGGUGCCCUCUGGUCCGUCUUCUCCUGUAAAGAGCCCAGUAGAGAACAAAGAAACGGAUCUGAACGCAGAUAUAGAGCAGGAAGCAAAUGUCGAUUCAGACACAGCAGAUGGAAGUAACGGUAUCGGUCAGCCUCCAAUUGAAGUCGCAAAAGAAACAUUGGCAGAACCUGAAAAAGUCAUAGAUCAAAUUUCUGAGCAAACAGCAGCAGAAACAGGAGUGGAACCAUUAGAGAAGGUUAUCACAGAUGCCACUGAGCCCCAAAAAUCAGAUGAACAAGAAAAGACAAAGUCUAUCCUUCAUCAGAAUAGUGAUCCAUCAGCACCAAUUCAAGUUGAGGAAAACAUAGAAAAAGGUAAAGAAGAGAACACGGAAGAUAGCCAGUCUCAGAAACUUGAACCCGAGGCACAAGUACAGCAGGACAACACUGAAGAGACAGAAAAAGUAUCUGUGCCAAAUGCAGUAGAGCAGGAGAUUAAAGAAAAAGAAAUUACAGCACCAGAAAAAAAUGAUGGUGAUCUACCCUUAGAGAUUAAAGAUAAGGAGGAGAACCAUGAUGUAUCUUUAAAGACACUUGAUUCUCUUCUGAAAGAGUUACCACCUUGGCGUAGGAAAAAGACUUCCAAAAUCCAUCAGUUGCCACAAUCAGAAUCCAAUGUAGUGGGUUAUGUUAAUGGCCGGCCUGUAUCAUCUUCUGACAGAAGCCUACGGCACCGAGCACUUAGCAACCCCACCUCACCUUCUAAAAGUCCUGUAAAGUCUGGGCAGAAUGUGCUCAACAAUAGUUUGGUUAACUCUAAACUUGAAUCGGAUGUGGAGAAAAAGAAAGGAGAUGAAAGUUCACCUGAAUCUUCUCCAAUUGUAACAUCUUUAAAGGGAACUAUUGCAACUCAGCAAGUUACAGAUUCAUCUUCAGAUACAUCAUCAACUAAAGUAUCUCCACCUUCUUUAAGAAGUAAAAAAAAUAAUAGACAAAAGACUAUACAGAGAGAAAACGACAUCUUACCUGUUCUUCCUGUUCAGCCUGCUGAUCUAGGUCUGAGUGUCGAGUCAAAACGUCAGCUUAGAUCGUCCAGCCAAAAGCAAAGCGGAACUUCAGCACCACACAUCAGUUCAAGUGUUGUCUCAACCAUUCCUCCCUCAAAACUUUCUACUCUAAUUCUACCACCUGCAGACCAGCUUCCUCCUUUGGUCCUUCCCGAUUCACUUCCUGUUACUAAACCUUCUUUAGGUCGUCCAUCUAAGCCCCCAACCUCUGAAGAAUCCCAACAAAACAUAGUCCCAGAAUGUCCUAAAACAGAUGUUAGUGCACAACCAAUAGAAGUAACCCCAGAAGAGACACAAAAGAAAGAACUAGCAAAAGGAUUCGAGACCAAACACAAGUUGAGAUCUGCAAAAGUCGUUGAGGAGUGCCGGAAGGAGGAGGAAGAGGAGAAAAAUCAACUUGAUAGUCAAAAACCAAAUUCUGUAGAAAAUCCAAGCUCCGUAAAAAGUGAAGUUCAAACGCAGUCGAUGCCAUUAAGAAGUAGACGUAGUUUGCAAAAGGAUUUGGAGGGAAAUGACACUUUGAUUCAAAAGACAAAUCCAGAAUUGAUAGAGGACAUAUCUGUAAGUGGAGAGGACACCUCGAAUAGACCCAGAAGAAUGCCGCUGAGGAGUGAGUCCAUAAAACCCGAAAUGUCCCCUCAGUUUGUUUCCCAGUCACAACCAGCAAACAGCAAAAAAUCCAGCUUAAGGUCACAAAGGUCGCUGGCACUUCCCACCAGUGCUCUUACUGAUACUGCAAGACAAAUCAACCUAUCCAACCCUGUUAAGACAAAUAAAUCUCAGGUUAAGUCUCUUUCAGGUUCUGUUACGACUAUGCCCCACAGCUCACCCUUUUUUGCCCCAAAGCACGAGCCCCCUAAACAAAUGCCCAAUAAGUUCUUUGAAGUGCUGACUGGAGAAGGUGGUCAACAGCUCGUUUCAAAUUUGAACCUCAAGUAUGACAAAAUGCAGAAAGGUUGGGUGCAACUGGAUAAAGAGGGCCAGCCUGCAGUCAAGUACAAAAACAAGGCAGACAGGCAGGCAGCUAUAUGGAGAAGUAAACGUAGGACACGCAAACCAAAGUCUUUGGAACAGCAGAAAUACUCACCAGUCCAAAUGCUAUUUAUGAAAGGUUUUAACCUCUCCAGCAUCUGCCGCUGGUUCCUGGAGUCAACCGAAACAAAAUCUCUUGUCAUUGUCAAGAAGGUCAAUACACGUCUUCCGUCAGAAACUCAGCUGUGUUUCCACAGCUCGUCCAGCGCGUCGGGAACCUCGCAAGGGGUGUUUCCGAGCAUACAGGCAGAACGCCUCAAGAAACAUUUGAAAAAGUUCGCCAUUGCUUCUCCCGUAAAGAGCAAUGCAAAGAGCAAGAAGCUCAUUGCCAAAGCACUGGAGCAAGUGGUGAAUGCAGUCAAAGGGAAAGAGAGAGCCGAACCCACCAGCAAUACUCAGACUCUAGAAAAGCCAUGCACCUCCACCAAAGCUCAUGCACAAAUCCCAGAUUCUCAGAAAUCAUCUGGAAAAUCUAAGAAUCCAGCUAGUGCCCGAAUCUUGAGGAAGUACUCAAACAUCCGAGAGAAGAUGCAGGUUCAGCAGUCCACCGUUAGACUAAAGGAGACCUCAAAAAUGUUACAGAGUAAAAAGAUGAAAACUUUGGCUGCUACAAAGUCUGCUGCCAAGUCAAAUUUAAAGCCAUCCAUGAAGGGGAAGAAGUUAGUUGGACCAGGUAUUAAGCAAGUGAAAGAGUCAAAGCUGGAUAAAAGGAAAAUAUUGGCUAAAACCCAAUCAGCAAAGCCUUCACUUCAACAGAAAGCAGUCAAAGCUCAGGCCAGUAGUAAAGUUACAAAAGAUGCAACUAAGAAAGAGCUGCCAAAGAGAGUUUCUCAACGGCUCGGGCUUUCUAAAGAACCUGAGCCCAGUCCUGGGGACACAUCAAAAAACAAGGUCAGCAGUAAGAAAAGCGAAGCAGACAAGGCAGAAGUGGAAAAAUGUUCACCAAAUAAAGUCAACUCGGUUAAAAUCCAAGCAAAAGAAUGCCCUCAGAGCGCUGCUGAAGUCAAAGGCAUGGAAAAUGGUGACAACACGUUGCAGCAGAACGCAGAUGUGAAGGCUCAAGCCUCUCCUGACCAGGUACUCACUAGAUCCCAGAGAAAAAUGGAAGCAGCUGCUCCUCCAAGCCCCAGUAUUCCUUCAAAGAAAGCCACAAAGUCCACGGUUUUAAAAACAAUACCCCCCAAAGCCAUCAAGAAAGCAGAAGAACCCGCCCUCACAAGAAGUGGUGCUUCAACCAGAAGUCAAGCUGCCUUGCUGCUACCUAGUGCAACUAAAGCGGGAACCAAAAGACCUCAGGAGCCUUCGGUGAACCCCGCGAAGCGCACCAGGACAAAAUAAGGAGAUGACUCACCUCUAGUUCAUCUGGAGUGUACUAAGAAGGACCAAAUACAUGUGUGUGGUUAUGGCGUGAAUUCCCUUCUCAGUAGGUGCGGCUAUCUUCAUUUGAGAUUGAAUUGCUUUGCGCCACGGCAGUCCUGGACCUGGUUGGAGAUGACAAACUGCUGUUUCAGCUCAUUUUCAAAGUUGGCAAAGCAAACGUCAGGGGUUUGGUGCUGUUGUUCACAAAUUUAAUUUAGCCUUUCUUUUAUUUGCUCUCUUGUACAUAGCAGUUGUUUUAGACAGAAGUGCGUUCUGGUUUGCUGUUGUGAAAGCUUGACAGGAGGGAGCUUUGAGUUUACUUAUUGCAAAUUGGCAGUUUGUAUCUCCAGCCUGUUUUUCCAAACAUGUUGUGAAUAUAUGAAUGAUGUGACCAGGUGCCUUAUUUAUGAAAUGUAAUGUAAACAAAAUGUGAAAUGCCUCUCCUGUUUCGAUAGGCAGUUUCUGUUCCUUGCAGUCCGUUCUUCACCUGCUAAUUCUAAUCUCCCUAUAGCAUUAAGAUUUUCUGACCAUACUGCACCUGACUAGUUUUAAUGUCCUCUUUCCCUCAACAUAAACCUUAUAAGCACAUAAGUUGAUCUAAAUUGUUCGGAGGAACAGGUUCAGGACACUUCAUCAUCUGUUUUAGUGUUGUUUUGGAUGUACUCCUGCUUUAGCUGUUGAAUAUUUUACCUGCAUUAGCAUUAUUUCUUUAAAUGGACACAUUUAAUGCCUAAGCUUGAAAGCGUGACUUGGAGAAAUUUGGCUCAUAAAUCUCUGCAAGAACUUUUUGCACGUUACAAAACUAAUUUUAAAUCUCCUCAGCUGUUAUCCCCAGGUGACAAUUCCUCCUGUUUAUUCACAAACUGGUUCUGGAAUUUUAUGUCGCAGUUUUGUUAUUUUACUGUCACGGUCAGGCCAGUUUUCACAAUGUGACGUCUGUUUACUUCUAUGUAAUGUCAAGGAAAAAAAAGUACCAUAUUAGUACAGUGUUAUGUUAUUUUAUUUUUAAUUGUGGUAAUUUCCUUUAAGAGAGUUAGCUAUUCAUUCACAACCGUUCCCCCCGUUUUUAUUGUUAUUUAAAAAAACAUGUAGGCAUUGGCAGAUCUAGAACCUCCCAUGGAAUAUCAGACUUGAACAUGUUUAUUCUUUACACUUGCUAUUUAAAGAUUUUGAUUGUAUAUAUUAGAAAGAAAUACCUGCUUUAUUUGUGGUAAACCCAAGAAUAAUGCAUCUUUAUCUUUACAAGUUGUAUUUUUCUGGAUUUGAUAAAAAUAUGUUUGCAUUUCA